AUGGACGCGGAGGGCGCCGCUGGGACGGCGCCUGGGCUGCCUCAAGUAGCACGGACAGGAAACGUUGCAGCUGCAGCUUCAACUCUUAACAGUAUGGUUCGCGAAUCUAACGGAACACCUCCCUCAUAUACAGAGGAUGGGGUUGUGGAGAUGGUGUGCCUCCUCAACUCCCCCGCCUCCGCCAAAGACCCCGGAGCCUCAGCAACCGCAGCAAACGAAUACCUAACGAAUUUCCAGAAGGAUCCUAGCGCAUGGGGCAUUUGCAUAUCCAUUCUGAAUAAGCGUAGUCAUCGCCAGCAGCAGCAGCAACAGGUUUCAUCAGCAACUCAGUCCCCCGAAGUCCUGCACUUCGUUGCACAGACCCUGGCUGCGCAGGCGCGGGCGGGUUUCCCACAGCAGCUGUCUGCACUCUUGAGGGUACAGGGCGUCUCAGUUGUUCCAGCCUCUGCUUCCAUUGUUAGCUCAUUGGGGGCUGCAUCGCAGGUGUAUGCCGAGCUACGGGACGGCUUGUUGCAGCUAGUGUUUGCUUUCAGAGAUGCUCCUUUGCCAGUCCUGCGGCAAUUGUGCAUUGCGCUGUCUUCGGCGCUAAUAUUUGGCACGUCUUCCACGGAAGGGUCUUCCUCUGGACCUGCCGCAGUUGGAGAUGGAGGCCCUCAUCUGGGCUCCGUUCUGCACACCCUUGGCCAGAAAGCUGGCAAAGAGGGCUUCUUGCCUCUGCUAGAGUUGCUCGUGUUAUUUCCUGAAGAGUUGUGCACCAAACGGAUUGCCCUGCCGGAGGACCGGCGGCUCCCAUGUCUAGCCAGCUGCAUGAGCAACAACUGCACGCAGGUUCUGGAGGCCGUAGAAGGGAUAUUUGCGCAGGCGCAGGCAACCCUUGCUGCAGCGGGACCCGAAGAGAGGCCUCACUGGCGAGCCGUGCUGCAUGCAGCUGUCCGUACAGUGCAGUCAUGGCUCUCAGCGAUUUGCUGCUGGGUGCAGCAGGUUGAUACGGAACAAGGCAGCCAGCACCUGCCGCAGCAGCAGCAGCAAGGGCCUUGGGGCCUGUCUGCUGCCUUGGAAGCAUUGUCUCUGUGCCUCCAGCGUUUGUCUGGGGGGAGGAUUUUUUCUGCUCUAUUGUGCGGAACGAACUCUGAUGAUCUAGAGACUCUUCAGCUGUCUACAGAAUGUGUAGUGGCAAUCAUUGCUUCUGCUUCGUUGCUGGAGGAGUCAACAGCAGCAGCUGCUGUAGCUAAGAAAGGAAAAGAAGCUGGCGCUAGCGAGUGCUCCACUAAACCCCACAAUCCUACCGAGGCAGCUGAAGGCAGGGGGACCGUUUGUCGGUCGCUUGUUGCUGCGAUCGUCAAGGCCUACGGCGACGGCUGCACUGCGGCACUGGCUGCAGCAAGAGGACAAGCGCGGGGCAUUGCCGCGUUCGACCUGGAGCGGCUACAGGUAUUUGCGUUGGGUCUUACUGAGCUGGCAAAGGUGCAGAUUCCGCGGCUGUUGAUGGAUUUGGCGAAGGAGGAGGUGAGGCUUGAAGAAGGUGAGGCGGGCAUUAGCGGAGGAGAGGCAAAUGGCGCCGUAGCCCUUGCCCUGCAGCCUGCAAUAGAGGCGAUCUGCGAGCUACCCCGAGCCCUGUUGCAGCAUCCCUCCUACGAGGUGAAGGAAGUGGGCGUGGUUUUCUACCGCAACCUACUCAACCACGUAGUGGUCCUUGUCGAGGAGGAAAGGCGUCUCAGCGCAUGGCGGGACCACCUACGCAACGAAGCAGCAGUUGUGGCAGCAGGGGCUGCAGGCGGAAGCGCCGGCUCUGCUGCAGCACAAGCUGCGGGAGUCAGGAAAGACUCGGCGGAAGUUCUCGCUGAAGUGGAAAGUCGUUACGAACUCAGCAUUGAAGUCCUGGCCCUCCAAGAGCCGGUUUUGUCCCGCAUAUUUCAGCCCUUCGCAGUGGCAGCAGUGCCGCAGCUGAGGCCCCCCGUGGGGGCCCUCUUGAAUGAGGAACUCGAGUUCGAGGCCUGGCAGAGCUUCCGCGCUGAAGUUGCAGCCACCGUUACAGAAGCCGCCGUAUUGCUCGACAUAGAUCGCCCUUGCAACGAAAGUGCAGGGCAACUCCUCAUGCUGCUGAGCGACCCCGAGGUAGGCUGGCGUGGCUUCUCUGCCAAACCUGCACUCUCAGGUUGUUUGUCUCCGUGUUUCUUGGGAUGCGUUUGCCUCUUGCUCUUUGAUUGGAGUGCGCUUUGCGGGCGCGUUUGCUCCUGUCUCCUUGUAGAGCCUCUUAUUUGUGCUUGGGGCCUCCUCGUUCCGCAGAUAUGUACACACCCGGAAGCCCUGCUGGAGGUGGAGGCCCGCCUGUACUUCAUCUCUGCAAUUGCCAACCGCAUACGGCUGAAUGUGCCCUUCGGAGGCACAGAGGGAGAGAGCAGCAGCAACAGCGCCAAUUCAGCUUCAUCAAGUGCAGAAUCCCGUAACGAUGAUUUCUUGCUGCACCUGCUGCAGCUGCUGCCGCAGCUCGCAGGCCUGGCACCGUCUAGCGCUGCCUCCGUCCCCGUUGUGGGAAUUACAGAGCGGGAGGCCCUAACGCUCUUUUUGCUCGCAGGAGCAGCCCGAGCCACCUCGUGGCUUGCUGGGCGUGUGCUGCCGCAGCACCAGGAGCUAUUUGCUCCUCUCUUCUCUCUCCUCCUUACACGCGCGCUGCAGUUCGUAGCAUCCCUGCCGGAAGCAGCUAAGGACUCGAAUGCUUCUCUGUUGCGCCUCUCUACUGAGGCCUUGCUCGUUGAGGGUCUCUCUUCUCUUGUUUCUGCAGCUGCGGGUUUCAUCCCGUCGCCAGGCCGGGAAGAGGAUGUCCAUGCGCUUCUCCACGCUCUCAUAGAUGCAUUCUCCAGGCCAGGACUGAGUCUGGAUAACAGCUCCUCCCUGGUGCACACAGCUGGAUACGUCAUCUCCUGUCUGGAUGCACCGCGCAUUCGCCAGCUCUUUGCGCAGCUACUCCAAUCGCUAGGGAACGAGUUAGACCGGUCACUGUCCGACCCUCAAUGCCCCAGCAGCACCACCAAGCGGAAUCUUGGGUUGUUUUUCUCGGCACUGCAGUCGGUGCAGCCUGCUGAAGACUUCGCGCCUCCCCCGCCUUCCCAGUUCUUCGAACCCUUGAGUCCGCGGAGUCCAUAUCGACACCCCGUCUUGGACGCGGUGGAGGCGAGCUGGCCCACGAUCGAGAAGGCCAUGACACGAGGCCCCAGGAACGAGUUUCUGUACGAAGUGUCCUGCUACUCCUUGGUGGCUCUCUGCGCAAACUGCAGGGCCCACAUCCCUCGCUAUCGGGUGUUCUAUUCCUUCUUGCAUGCGCUUAGUUGCACAUUUGCCGAUUGCCCAACAGUCUACCAUUUAGGCGCCCUGCGUUCCAUCCAAGGCAUCUGCUCCAACGCCCAAGAAGCCUGCGUUCGCCAGGCUGUCGCUGUUGCGCUCGAAAAUUGCGUCGCUGCCACGCUAGGCAAAAUCAAGGUCAGCGCAUGCAAUGCAGGCGGCUGUCUCUUUGAUUCUGAAACGAAUAUCUCCUGUAUCCUAAAGAGGCAUGUGAUGCUGUGUGCAUGCGACCAGGCGGAGGGAGAGAAGUACAUGUAUGGCCAGCCCGACAUCGUGGGGAUUUCGGUGGACUGCGUAAAUGUUGCAUUGCUGCAUCCUUUAAGCGCGGAAGCGAUUGUGGCUUCUCCCUGGUUUGAGGCCCUUUGUGAAACUGCCAUUCAAUACACGCCGACCUGCCACCACCCGAAGGUCCUCCACACCUACAUUGUCUUCCUCUCUCGCCUUGCCGCAUGGGUCGACCCUCCCUCAAUUCUGCAUUGUUAUCAAAUCGGGGAGCCGAUCCCGUGGCUGACAAAGGUGGCAGAAGAUGCAUCAUCAACCGUCUUGUCUCUCCUUAGCAAACCCUUCCCCGGAUGUCCCUCCCCAGGAGUGGAGCUGGAUCAGCAGCAAAGCACCUUCCUUUCGAGAGCUGUUGCUGCAGUCCUGAUUGCACUCACCAGCGUGCAUGCAGCCCCCCAGUCGUGGAUUGGCAGUGCUGCACAGACGCUGCUGCCGCUCCUGAGACACCCUGGUCUACAGACACCCACCAAGAAGGCCAUUGAGUUAACCUUGCAGGCAUUGGAUAAUCACAUAAUGGACGAGCAACGGAAGCGGGACUUUUGUAUUCGGUGUACGGGCCUCUUGUCUGUGCGGGAGAUGUGCCUCCUGCUGCAGCAGACGGCUGAUGACACCAAGGCCGCGUACGUCCGCAGCCAGUUUGCUCUCGGCGGGGCCUCCAGAUCUGUGUAG